AGAAGUAAGGGUUGAACAGCUUCUCAGAAUCAACUUUUUUGACUUAAAAUAAGUUGUUAGAAUAAAAAACUGUUUGAAAUAAGUUUAACCAAACAGUUCAAAAUAGCUUUUCAAAAGCCAGAAGUUAUAAGUUGACUCAAAAAAAUCCAAACAAAUGUCCCAAUGUGCGCCAUUAGUGGAGUUUCUAAAAAUACAAUUUGAAAUUUUCUCUUUUAAACAAACUUUGGGCUUGUUUGGUUUGUUUAGUGGAAUUUCUAAAAUUACAAUUUGAAAUUUUUUUUUUAAACAAACUUGUGUUUGGUUCUAUAAAAAAUAUUUUCCACAUUUUCUUGUGUUUGGUACAACGAAAAAUGAAUGUCAAUAAAAAAAAAUUCACAUUUGACAAAAAGAAAUGUUUUCUCAAAUAAGUUAUUGGUACAAAACAAUUUCUCUAAAAAAAGAAAAAGAAAAAGAGGUAGAUUACCACCGGAGGACGUUGUCCGGAUCCGGCAGGUCUAUUUCCACAAUCCGAACAAAUUUUUUUUGCCGGAUACUUUGCAUUAUAUUAUUCAUACACAAAAUUUAGUCGAUUUGAUAAUCGUAACCUAUUCAAUUUAUCACGUUUAUUAUAAAAACAAAUUAAUGGUUUAUUUUUAAAAAUACAAUUAUCAUUUUUUUUUUUGACAAACACAAUAAAUUAAAUAUUACAAAUAUCGGAUUAAUUUUUUGUAAAUAAUACAUACGAAGUGUUAAAUAAAAUAAACGAUUUGAAUAAUUGAAACAAAAUUCACAAUGAACCCCACUCCACUAAAUCCGAAUAGCGCCCUCCAAUCUCCACAUCUAAGAAAAAAAUUUCCACCGAAAUAAACUGAAUAAAAGAAUCAAAAUCAUGAAAAGUGAAAAAACUGAUGACGAGGUAAGCAUUUCCUGAAAUAACCACAGAUUUUAGUGUUUUCCAAUGGGGGACGCUGCUGAUUCAAAUAUCAUGAAAGGAGUUUUAAAUCUUAGAUUCUUGUUUUUCUUGUGUAUAUAAGUAGGCCGUAUUGCUCAUUGGUCUUUCACUGGAAACAAGUAAGCAGAGAGAGAGAGAGAGAGAGAGACAGAAAUGGGUGAGGAAACAGAGACAACAGGUGGGAAGAGGUUAGAGGGAGUGUGGAAAAAGGGAAAACCAUAUGUGAUGAUGGUAGGAUUGCAGUGUGGGGCAGCUGGGAUGCUCAUCAUUACUGACGCAACACUGAAACAAGGAAUGAGCCGUUACGUACUCAUUGUGUACCGCAAUGCCUUCGCUGCUAUCACCCUCGCUCCUUUUGCCUUCUUUUUUGAAAGGAAAAUAAGGCCAAAGAUGACAAUUUCAAUCUUCUGGAAGAUAAUGGUCCUCGCUAUUCUAGAAUUAGAGAGAGUAAAGAUCAAAGAAGUGAGAAGUCAAGCAAAGGUAAUAGGAACCAUAGUAACAUUUGGAGGAGCACUAGCAAUGACAUUGUACAAAGGCCCCAUCAUCAAUCUAUUUUGGUUCCCCAAAACCUGCCAUAUUGUACUCUCCAAUGACGACUCUGAUAAACACUGGCUCUCUGGAACUCUUUGCCUCCUUGUUGGCUGUGUUGCUUGGUCUUGUUUCUUCAUUUUGCAAUCGAUAACAGUGAAGAAAUACCCAGCAGAGCUGUCUUUGGCAUUUUGGAUAUGUUUGAUGGGCGCAGUACUGAGCGCGGCGUUGACCCUCGUGGCAGAACGUCAUCCUGGUGUUUGGGCAAUUGGCUGGGACUCUAGACUCCUUGCUCCUAUUUAUUCGGGAGUGAUUAGCUCCGGAAUCACAUAUUACGUUCAAGGGCUUGUGAUGAAGACAAGAGGACCGGUGUUCGUUACUGUUUUCAACCCUCUUUGCAUGAUCAUUGUCGCAGUACUGGGUUCUAUCAUUUUAGCCGAAAAACUUCACCUUGGAAGCAUAAUUGGAGCCAUCAUCAUCACGGUCGGCCUAUACGCGGUCGUUUGGGGUAAAAGCAAGGAUCAUGUUGCUCCCACACUAUUGACCGACGACAAGGAAGAUGUCGGAGAACUGCCAAUUUCCACCACCACCGGAGUUGCUAAACUGGCUGCCGGAGGAAAAAACAACCACAAACUCGCUGGAGACUUGGAUGAUCAAGCAAAGUUGUCUGUAAUACGUACAAGCGGCUAAUUUUUCUUAAUUUGCACCUUUUAAACACUAGUUUGAAGCUAGUAAGGUUUAAAUUUGAAUCUAAUGUUUGUUUCAUUGAAUUGAAUUAUAUAAUGCUUGUAGUAUCUAGAUUAUCAAUUUUUAGGUUGUG